CAGAGUCAAACCGGAAAUGCUAAUGCUUUUUUUUCAAUUGGAACUACAACUAUACUAGCCUGUGCUUUUGGAUUAGUAUUGGUCUUAACAUCAAGUAAAUCUAGAAUUUCGCGAUUCAUUCACCAGAUUGCUGAGUAGACAUGAUGACUAAAAUAUAUAAAUGUGUAUCUGCAGCCGUUUUCUUCAUGAGUCUUUGUGUUUUUAAAACCGGAACAGAUCAAAACAAUGUAGAUCCAAUUAUCAAUAAAAAUACCUCACAAGACGCCAUUGAACUAAAAGAGACUACCGCGAAGGUAAAUGGCACAGUCACAGAGGAAAACACUGCAGAUCCAAUUAGCAGUAAAAUUACCAAACAAGACGCCAAUUAUAAAGAAGAAAGUACUGUAGACCAGACCGAGGCAGUGACAAUAACAUCAGACGUGGUUGUCACUGAUGUAUCCAAACAGGAAGCCAAUGGAGAUGAUGCUUUCCUGUUGCUGUUUCCGCUUGUAGCAAAUCCAGAGGAUGAAGGACCUUAUACAAGCGAGAUGACAGCAGUGGUCACACGAAACGAUAUUACGAUUAAAGCAAAUGUGUCAACCGAACGCAGGAAAAAGCAGCCACCUGACACAAUCACAAAAGAGAAUAAUGUGAACAAUGACGCUACAACUGAAUCAUCUGCAGUCAACGAAGCUACAAAAGCAGAGAAUACUAAAAAAGAUGUGACAGAAGCAGUUGUGCCAAACAACGUGGCUACAAAAGAAGAGACUGUUCGGAAAGAUGGGACGCCACACGCUGUGGCAACCGCCGGCACCAAAAAAACUGACAAGAAAGAUGUCGUGACACAACCAGCUGUUGUAACCAAUGCUACACAAAAGACUGAACCUAGAGGAAAUGUGACAGAACAAGCUGUGCCAACCGAUGGUUCAUCAAUAGGUCCAAGCAAGGUCACCCCAAGGCCAAGUUCGCCAUUAGUUAACAAAGAAACUCUUGCUCCUCCAUGCAUAAGUAAGGAUUCAGGUAAUCGUCGCUACGUGCUUUACCUUAACGAGGUUAGGAGAGACAUAACCAGCACGACUUGUGACAUUCCCACCUACGCUAGGACGACCGAGCUGAACCUGAGGUUGUGCGUCAUGAACGCCACACUGAGCUACUCCAUCACCAUCGAGACUGAGAACGUCAAGUACCAGUUCAGCCCAAGGAUGGACACGUGCGUGACAUGCCUGUUCUCCUACAGCGACAUCAAGGUCAUGACCUUCCUCAGCAUUGUCUUUGCGGAGCUGGAAGGCUGCGAGCAGGUGGAGAAGAGAAGCUGCACCGUCAAGAGGAUUGAUUGGUGAAGAGGGGCAAAGGGGAAGUAACACGGGAAACACAACAGAGGGGAGAUAAAUUUGGUUCGAGAAAGUAAAAAAAUAGGGGCGGGGGACAAAUUAAGAUAGAUUGUAAGAAGCAGGGCCGGAUUUAAACAUGUGGAGGUUCCGUGGCAAGAUUUUAUGGAGACCUCUACUAUUUUUCGAAAGCUGUAAUAAAAAUGCUGUAACCAAAUGAAAAGUUAAUGGGAAAAAAUGAUUUGACACAAAGAUUUAAAUGAACAGAUUAAUUUAAUUGGAGAGACAUAACCAGCACUACUUGUGACAUUCCCACCUAUGCUAGGACGACCGAGCUGAACCUGAGGUUGUGCGUCAUGAACGCCACUUUUCCUUUCUUUGUCCCAUUUUAGGCACAGUAUAAUCUGUUUGCCUUGUAUAAGUCAAUCUUCAAAUUCAUUUUUCAAUUCUCUAAAAUUAUUUAUUUUUAUUUAAAAAAAAAUAGAUUUCAUAAUACUUUCGCAAAUUAAUAGUUAUUUAAAAAUAAAUAGUUAUUUAAAACCCUUAAAAUAGAAACUGUACGUUUUGAUCCAAUCAAUGGAAAUAAUUGAAGAGGUGGCAUAUAAUAGGUUCUUAUGCAAAUAAUUACAAAAUUGAUUUUUUAAAAUUAUUAAACAUUUUUUCGUAUAUUAGAAAAAUCCUUUCCCUAGCAAUCAGAUGUGUAGAUUAGCAUCUGAUAAUGCAUGGUAUUUACAACAACGAACAGGCUAUCGAUGGAUAGAUAGAUAGAUUUAAACAUUACAUGCUAACAGAAUUUAUCACUAUUCAAAUAAAAAGGAAAUCUUUUUCUUUAGUUUAAACCUAAUACCUAAUUUCCAAUUUCAUCUCCCCUUGUUUGUGUAAAAACGAUUUGUUGCAAGGGACCUCCUGCUCAAAGCCCUUGACUAGUUGUCUAACGAUUUCAAAGUUCAUAUCCAAUCCAUAUUUUCUUUCGUUUCUCUUUAACGCAGUAAAAUAAAAAGUUGCACUUUAGAAACGAAAAUAUGUAACUUUGAGUAAAUGUGACAAUGUUAAGAUGCCCUGAAUUGAAUCAAGUGUAUCUAUUUGAAAAGCAAUUGUGCGUUUUAAUAUUUAUUUAUGGACUGUUGUAUUUAGUAUUUGUUUCGAUGUGAUAUGGUAAUGGUGUCAUUUUAAUAGUUUCAAUUUUUUUAUAAAUAUAACAGUAAAAAUUUAUAAAAUAAAAGAG